AUGGUGGAUCAAGCUAAAUUGGCAGCAGAUGUUCGAAAUAAUCAAUUGCCGACUCAGAAUUUGGAGAAGCAGUUUGGGCAGUUUGCUAGUUCCCAAAAUUCCCGACCACAAGGGAGUUUGCCGGGAAAUACCGACCCUAACCCGAAGCAGGUAAAUGUUGUGAGUACUCGGAGUGGUCGUCCAUUGGAGGAGUUGCCACCAAAGGCAAAAGUUGUUGAGAAAAAAGUAACACAUGUAGAUGAAGCAGAACCAAGUGAGCAAAGGGCAAAUGAGGAACCAAAAGCAAAACCACCUCCUCCAUUCCCACAUAGAUUCAAAAAACAAAGGGAGGAGGAAUGUUUUGGUAAGUUUAUUGAAUUACUCAAACAGGUACAUGUUAACUUGCCUUUGAUAGAUGUGUUGCAGAGCAUUCCUAAGUACGCCAAAUAUGUGAAAGAUGUGGUAGCCAACAAGAGUAGAUUGGUUGAGUAUGCAAUAGUAGCACUCACAGAGGAGUGCAGUUCUAGGAUCCAGAACAGAUGUGUUGAGGCAAGAGGUUUAUGCGAUUUGGGUGCAAGUAUCGAUUUAAUGCCUACUUCCAUGUUUCUCAAAUUAGGACUAGGAAGACCCAAGCCCACAACCAUUAUGUUGCAAUUAGCGGACCGUUCAGUGUCAAAGCCAAAUGGCGUUAUUGAAGAUGUCUUGGUUCAAGUAGGAACUCUGAUUUUCCCCGUGGACUUUGUCAUUUUGGAUUUUGAGCCUGACCCAGAGGUCCCAUUUAUUUUGGGACGCCCAUUUCUAGCAACCGAAGGUGCAUUAAUUGAAGUGGUGGCCGGUAGACUAACAAUGAGGGCUCAUGACAAGGUCGAGGUAUUUGAUGUAUACAAGGCAAUGAAGUUGCCUGCAAUAUAUGAGGAGCUGUCUGCAAUUACAGUUAUUGAUAAAGCUAUGGAUUGA